AUGGUUUCCUUCGCCCUGCUCACCGCGCUCGUCCUCUGUCUCGCCUGUGCGCGGACCAGCAACGGCCAGGGACCUGAUCCAGGCCAAAUCAAGACCUUGGUGACGUUUGGUGACUCUUACACGGAUGUGCGGUAUGGCCAUGCCGGGGACAACGGCACCGCCUGGCCGGUCUACGUCGCCGACUACGCGAACCUCACUCUUUACCCGUUCGCCAUCGCGGGCGCGACGUGCUCGAACAACCUGACGUACCGCCCGUUCUCGUCCGUCAUGGAGGGCCAAAUCCCGUCGUACAUCCAGGAGUUGCAAAUCGGGUCCAUCAACGUCGACCCGUCGAGCACGAUCUACACGCUCUGGAUCGGCACGAACGAUGUUGGGGCGAACUCCGUCCUGACGGGCGGCCAGACCCCUGGCGUGACGAUCGUGAACACGACGCGGUGCGCGGUCGACUGGGUGAAGGUCAUGUACCAGAACGGGGCGCGCAACUUCAUCUUCCAGAGCAUGCUACCGCUACAAAACACGGUCAUGUACUCCGCCGACUCAUACCCGAACGGGUACUGGACCGCCCAGCGAAACGCGACAGAUUGGAACCUCGUCAUGGCCGAGUUCACCAACGCCGUGAACGCGCUCGCGCUCGCGUGGCUCGAAGCAAUGGCGCCGUCCCUCCCUGGCGCGCACCUCGGCUACUUCGACUCGUACGGCCUCUUCGCGGACAUGUACGCCAACCCAGGGAACUACCUGAACGGCACCGCGCCGCUGAACAUCACCGGCUGCAUCAAGUCGUGUGUCUUCCAAACGAACGAGAGCACGUCUGGUCCCUCGGACUGUGCCAUCGCCGAGGGAACCGCACAAGACAGCUUCUUGUGGUACGACGAAGUGCACCCGUCGGAACAGGCCGACCGUGUCGUCGCGAGAGAGAUCGCGGCUGCAAUCGUGAGGAACUCGACGGACUGGAUGACGUGGAUUAUUUAA